AGACACUGAGAAUAAACUGAGAUGGAGCGAGUAAGAAGUUCACUUAUCACACUUCUGUUCUUCACAGGUGUUUUGUUUUGUGAACAUCAGAAAGUCUUUGGGAAAGAAGUGAAGAUCAGAGUUAAACCAGGAGACAAUGUCACUCUUUAUUGUGAUUGUGUCAUACCACUUGGUUCACACAUCUUUUGGAUUAGAAACAGCUCAUAUGGAAAUCAAUCAUCUCUUUUAUUAAGUGCUGAAGAGUUGUUCAACGAGAACAUUCCUCGUUUUAAUUAUGUGGCAAACAGCACCAGUAACUCUUAUGAUCUACAUAUUAAGAACAUCAGUGUGGAUGAUGAGGGGAUCUAUUACUGUGCAAAAGCAGAACGAAACCUUGCAACCGUACAUGGCAUGCUUGAGUAUCAGUAUGGAAACAGGAGAACUCAUCUUUCUCUCUUAGAUCCAGUGCCUUCUGAGCCUCCUGUGCCUAAUGUUUCUGAAUUACACUUUAAUUGUUGGACGCUGUUGUUCAGUUUGUGUUCUGUAUGUGUUCUCCUCUCCUUAAUCCUCUCUGCUACUUGUGUUUACUGCCUCUGUCAUCGUCAAACUACAGGUUAUCAACUUAAUGCGGGUGUACUCAAAGCAAAUAUAUUUAAGAUGGAUUCAACAGAGAAACAUCAGUGUGUGAUAUGUAAGACUGGAAAGAUCUGCGUUCACACCGAAGUGUCUUAUAGUUUACUAACAUAACAUGUGAUUCUCCCUCUCAGUUAA